CAAAUACUUUUUUCCCUCACUGUAUAUAUUGGACUGAAUGUACAUUUUAUAUUAGAAUAGGAAUUUUCAUAUUUUGGUGUGAAUGUAGCAAUAUAUUUAAGUGUGAACAUAGAGAUAUAUUUUGGGCCUUUCUCUUUGGUUUUUGCUGCAGGGAAAGUGUUGAGAGUUUGAUCCACAAGCACUCGUACGCCCGGUCACCUAUACGCACCUACGCAGGAGAGGAGGAGACACUGGGGGAUGAAGGCCACGCUGCACACAGGGGUUCUGCAUUCACCGCCUCUGACAACCUCUCCCUGAGCUCCUGGGUCACCGCCACCUCUGGUUUCUCAGGCUUCCAGCACCCCCAGUCCCUCUCUGCCAUGGGCUCCAGCAGCAACUCCCUGGCGACCCCCCUGCCCCACCCCAUCCAGGGCUCCCUGCCCUCCUACAGCCGGCUGGGCAUGCCCCUGACGCACUCGGCCCUGGCGGGCACCAUGCAGGGCAGCGGGCCCUCCUUCCCCUCCUUCCACAUGCCCCGCUACCACCACUACUUCCAGCAGGGCCCCUACGCUGCCAUCCAGGGACUGCGCCACUCCUCCACCGUCAUGACCCCCUUUGUAUGACUCCCUCUGGGGUGACUGCCUGGCCGAGUAGCCCCUCAUCAGCUACAGCUAAGCUUAUAGACGCACACUUCCACACACAAGUAAAUAGGCUCACUGAUUUGUCCCCUUCAGCAUCAUCACCACCAUGUCUUUGUAAAUAAUAAGCCCCCUGGCCGAGGCGACUGACUGGACGACCUGGAGAGGCUGCCUGGCUGCUGCCCUGCAUGCUGACAGCUGAACCGGAGAGGAAACAGACUCCAACGGGACCUGGUGAAACAGACACAGAGACCCACAGACUGAUAUGAACACUAGAUAUGAACACUAAUGACCUGCAUAUGAACAUUUACGACCCAGAUAUGAAAACGGAUGAUCCAGG